AUGGCGAUGUUGUUGAAGCACGCGAGGGUGUCGUUGUCGCUGCUGAGGCCACAUGUGACCCGCGCGCACCUGCUGUACCGGCCGUUCACCACGACCGAGGGCCACCGUCCCUCCAUCGUCCACAAACGCAGCCUCGACAUCCUCCAUGAUCCUUGGUGGGUUUUCUCUUUGGAGUUGAGGAUGAAUGGAACAGCUUUUUCCAUGACAGAACGAGAUCGUCUUGAUCUACGGGGACUGCUUCCUCCAAAUGUUAUGUCUCCUGACCUACAGAUUGAACGCUUCAUCUCUGCCAUAAGGGCUCUAGAGGCUGGUGCUGAAUUGGUUGAUCUGAAGAGGCUUGAAGUUCAAGCAAGAGAUGGACCUUCUGAUCCUAAUGCAUUGGCCAAGUGGCGGAUACUUAAUCGCUUGCAUGACAGGAAUGAGACUAUGUACUAUAAGGUUUUAAUUGCCAAAAUAGAGGAAUAUGCACCAAUAGUUUACACUCCAACAGUGGGUCUUGUAUGUCAGAACUAUAGUGGACUGUUUAGAAGACCAAGAGGAAUGUAUUUCAGUGCUCAGGAUCGUGGUGAAAUGAUGUCUAUGGUAUAUAACUGGCCAGCUGAGCAGGUAGAUAUGAUUGUAGUUACUGAUGGGAGCAGAAUCCUGGGACUUGGAGAUCUUGGAGUUCAAGGGAUUGGCAUUGCCAUUGGGAAGCUUGAUCUAUAUGUUGCUGCUGCUGGAAUAAAUCCUCAAAGGGUACACUCUUGGCUGGUACUUCCUGUGAUGAUUGAUGUUGGUACUAACAAUGAGAACUUACUCGAAGAUCCCUUAUGUAAGUUUCUACAUUCAUUCAGUGAAAGUGUUGUGCAGCAUCUAUAUAGAAGUGACAUCAUCGCAUUAAAAUAUUGUCCAUCCGAUGGGAAUUUGGGAUUGCAGCAACAUCGUCUGGAUGGUGAUGACUAUCUGGCUGUUGUUGAUGAAUUUAUGGAGGCUGUCUUUACUCGCUGGCCAAAUGUGAUUGUGCAGUUUGAAGAUUUCCAAAGCAAAUGGGCAUUUAAGUUAUUACAGAGGUAUAGAAAUACCUACAGAAUGUUCAAUGAUGAUGUUCAGGGAACAGCUGGUGUUGCAAUUGCAGGACUUCUAGGUGCUGUAAGGGCGCAAGGAAGACCAAUGAUUGACUUCCCAAAGCAGAAGAUUGUUGUUGCUGGUGCUGGAAGAGUUGGAUAG